UCAGAAACUCCUCUCUCAUCUACAUCAGUGCUGCAACAGCAAGCUCCACCCCCUUCAGCACAUCUGGAGGAACUCAGCAGGAAAGCCACACCAGCAAUCUGCUAGAGCAACCAGGAUAAAACCACUGAGGACCUGGUUUCAUUCAGAUCCGCUUAGAUCUGGGUUUCUGGUCUCCUGCACACACCCAUCGCUGCUCUGAGACAACCAAACUUUACCCUGACCCUUCAUCGCUCACCUCAGCCCUUUCUCAGUCAAGGAUGCCUUUAGGAGGAGGAAACAAAUGUGGCCGCUGUUCGAAGACAGUUUACUUUGCAGAAGAAGUACUCUGUGAUGGGCGGAGCUUCCACAAGUCCUGCUUCCUGUGCAUGGUGUGUAGGAAGAGCUUGGACAGCACAACUGUUGCUGUUCGUAUGGAUGAAGUUUACUGCAAGUCGUGCUAUGGCAAGAAGUAUGGACCAAAAGGCUACGGCUACGGCCAGGGAGCAGGGACCCUUAGCAUGGAUGGAGGACAGUCUCUGGGCAUUACUCCUGAAAUGCCUGCUGCUCAUUCUCCUACCACCAACACAAACCCGUCCAAGCUGGCUCAGAAGUUUGGAUGCUCCGACAGAUGCCCCCGCUGUGGCAAGGCUGUCUACGCUGCUGAGAAAGUUAUUGGAGCUGGGAGUGCCUGGCAUAAGACGGGAUGUUUCACCUGUGCCUCAUGCGGGAAAAGCCUGGAGUCAACCACGCUGUCCGACAAGGAUGGAGAAAUCUACUGUAAAGGCUGUUACGGGAAAAACUUUGGUCCCAAAGGUUUUGGGUAUGGACUUGGAGCCGGAGCAUUGGCGCACACCCAGUGAAGUCCACCAUCCAGGUCGUUGAGCUGCUCUUUGCCAGCACCAGGGGGCACCCAUCUACAUUUUACAGGAUAGAGACAUUCUUCACACAAAGCAACUUAACAGUCAACUCUACAGCAACACAAAUCGUUUUUAUUUUUAGAUAGAAAAUAGGCUUUCCUCAAACUAGAAAUGGAAGAAGGUUUGUAAAACUCAGAUAAUGGAAUCUGCCUAGAAGAUGCUGAUUGGUGCAUUUUCUCCUCUUUCUUUUGGGUUAGGGUUAGGGUAAUCAUCGAGAUUUUUAAAUGGUCCCCAACAUUCUGAUCAGAGGGGUAAUCAACAGGUGGAUUGAACCAUUAUUCUUUAUGCAUCUAUUACACUAUCAGAAUUCAUAGUUUGCAUCUUUGCUUCAAACUUAUAAAAAAUGUCAGGUAGUUUUUUAUUUGUAUUUUUUUUUUGUGUGUGUUUAUUUUGCCAGAAUUGCCUGUUUAACACAUGCUUCCUGUAUAGGAUGAAUCUGAUGAUAAUAAAAAUAUGUAAAUGAAA